AAAAAAAAAAUUCAUUUUGGUCUUUGCUUUGCUAGCUACUUCAAUUCUAAAAUCCUUUAUCUUUUUAAGCUUUUUUUUUAAUACAGUUCUUUUGUAUCACAGUAAUUUCCUUAUAUGUCCCUCCUCUGAUCUCUCUCUUGCAACAAAGACAACCAGUUAAGAAGAAAUCAUCAACGCAGUCGCUAAUUUAGUGCCCUCAGUACUUCACUGCGUGCCCAGUUCUUCAUGUCUCUAUUGAGAGAGGAUAAGUAAACUGAAGCAAAAUGAGUUAGGUGACUUGGCCAGGAGCAUACAGUAAGUGUCUGAGGCUGUAUUUGAACUCAAGUCCUCCUGACUCCAGGAUCGCCACUUCAUCCACUGCACCACCUAGCUGCUUCAAAGCACUAUGGAAGGCACCUCACACAUUCUGAUGAGCUUUUCUCAGCAACAGAAGUUAUAGACAUUCACUUGGAAAAUUUGACAAUAAUCAGAGGAUUAAUUUUCCCUUAUGCUCUUCUCAUGAAAAUUUCCAGAUAAGAUCCGGGAUGCCUCUCCUUUCUAUACUGCCGGUUACCACAGCAGAGAUGGAACCAAAUGGCAGCUUCAGGGGCACCCGGGAGAACUGCACGGUGGAUGACUUCAAGAGAAACUUUUAUCCUGGAGUCUACUUAGUCAUAUUUGUCCUGGGGGCGCUGGGAAAUGGCUUUUCCAUAUUCAUUUUCCUGCAACCUUCUAAAAAGCCCAAGUCGGUGACCGUGUUCAUGCUGAACUUGGCUGUUUCGGACUUGCUCUUUGUGUGCACGCUGCCCUUCAGGGCUGACUAUUACCUGCGGGGCUCCCACUGGGUGUUUGGUGAAACAGCGUGCAGGAUCCUGUCCUAUUCCUUCUAUGUCAACAUGUACGUCAGCGUUUACUUUCUGACCGUACUGAGCAUCGUCCGUUUCCUGGCCACCGUGUGUCCCUUCAGGCUCCUGCACGUAACCAGGAUCAGGACGGCCUGGGGCCUGUGUGCCGCCAUCUGGGUCCUGGUCCUGGCCCCCUCCGGCCUGCUCCUGAGCGGCGGAGCCUCCAAGAACGGGAAGCGGGAGGUCUGCUUGGAGAUGAACCUUAGCAAGAUCAACAGGCUGCGGAUCCUGAACCACGUGGUGGUGGUGGUGGGCUUCGCCCUGCCUUUCUGCACUCUGACCAUCUGCUAUCUGCUGAUGAUCAAGACUUUGCUCCAGGUCAAGAUUCCCAAGUCUAACGCCCGAAUCUGUCACAAGAAGGCGCUGAUCACGGUCACCAUCGCCCUGAUUCUCUUUAUGCUGUGUUUCCUGCCUUAUCACAUCCUCAGGACUCUCUACCUAAUGCAGUGGAGGGAGGACAGGUGCAACGAACAGCUGCACAAGGCUGUCAUCGUCACCAUGGCCAUGGCCGCGGCUAAUAGUUGCCUUAACCCUUUGCUCUACUAUUUUGCCGGAGAGAAUUUUAAACAGAGGCUAAGAGCGGUAUUCAAAAAAGGAUGUAUGCAGAAAGAAAUGCACCAGUCCUGUUUGUACAUGGCUAAACAAACGAUGCACGAGUAAGAGAUGUUUUUAGAGAGCUUUUUCCCUAUCUUUAUCAUUCUGUAUACAUUUCCCAUACGACCUUGCAUUUAUGCCAUUACACUGACAACAAAAAACCAUGCAUGUUAACUGUGAUUUAUUUUUCAUAGCAUUUAAAAACAUUUCCUACAGACACGUUUGGAGUGGUCAAAUCUGAAAGGGUAAAUUGGCAGAAAUAGUUCAGGGGAAAGAUAUGUUUACCUGGAGUAAAAAUGGUCGGUGAAAGUUAAUUUUUUUUUCUUUUCCCUUUGAUAAAAAGGAAACCUCAUUGGAGAGGGAAUAAGGAAUAGUAUAUCUACAAAUGACUGUGACAUCAAAGAUUUUUUUCUUAAAAAAUAGUUGUAGGAGGAAUGGGAUACAAUAUUGAUGUAGAUGCAGUCAUGCUAGUAGAAGUUGUUCAGUUCUCUUGAAUGUGAGCCUUGGGAGCAUGGUACCAUAGUAAUGGAAUUCUGAAGAUCAUGGCCACGGGAUGACCUGCAGAGGAUAGUUAGGUGAAAUGUUGGGAAAGAAGUGGAUCUACCUCCUAAAAAAGGGGGAAGAGGAUUGCCAACUUUUAGAUGUAGUGCCCUGGAACUGUCUUAUAGAAAGUUGUAGUUGAAAUCAGGAAGAAUUGAAAUCUAAUUUUGUUUCAGAUCCUCAGUAGCUCUGUGAUCCUGGACAAGAAUCUCAACCCCUGUCAGUCUGAAUUUCUCCAUCUGUAAAAUAGGGGAUUAAUAAUAGCACUUACCUCAUGGUCUAUUUUGAGGAUCAAACUAAGAAGCUAACAAGCAUUCAUUUGACAAGUUAACAAGCAUUUGUUAAGUGCUGAUAAUUAGAGAUAAGAAGAGCUAGGUGACACAGUAGAUAGGGCUCUGGGCUUAGAGUCAGGAAGGCCUGAAUUUAAAUCCAGCCUCAAACACUAGCUGUGUGAUCUUGGGCAAGUCACUUAAAACUAUUUGCCUCAGUUUCCUCAUCUGUGAGAUGAGCUGGAGAUGGAAAUGGCAAACCAUUCUAUUACCUUUCCCAAGAAAACUCCAAAUAGGGUCAUCAAGAGUCAAACAUGACUUAACAAAUGCUUACUAUGUUCCAAAUACUGUGCUAAAAUCAGGAUCAAAUGAGUUAAUAUAUGUAAAAUGCUUUGUAAAACUUAAAGUGCUAUAUAAAUGGCAGCUAUUAUUAAUGAUUAUUUUUAAUCAUUCCAUUGGUUAUAGCUCUAUUAUAUUUAUCACACAGACACACACACAUAGUGUAGGACUAUUUGUAUUCCAUAUUUGGCUACUCUGACAGAUAGACCAAUCACAUUUCAAAGUUACUCUUAAAGCCAUUUCAAAUCACCAGGAUUAUUGAUUAUAAUUCUGUCAAUUUGUUAUAAUGUUGUCAUGGAAAGAACACUGGACUUAGAAUAAAAAGACUCAGAUGUGGAUUUUAACCCUGACCCUUGAUUAGGGAUGGAAUGGACUUUAAAUUGAAUUCAGAUUUUAUCUCUAGUACUUGCUAGUAGUGUGACCUUGGAUAAGUGACAUAACCCUUUUGAAUUUUAAAUUCUUCAUCUAUGAGAUGGAAAUGCCCAAGCUUCUCCUAGCCACCUCAGAGGGUUUUUGUGAGUUUCAAAUGAGGUUUCUAUAUAAAAAACUUUGCAGACCUUAAAAAUGCCAUUUAAUAUCAGCUAUUGUUCUUCUUGAGCUGUCAGUUAACCCUUUUAAACCUCACUUUCUUGAGCUGUUAGAAAAGAGGAAUACUUUGCUGCUUUCCAGCUCAGAAAUUCUUUACAUUUCAAUCCCAUUUUUUACAGUGGGCUCCAUAAAAAGGUUUUCAGAUAAAUGGAGUAAACAAAUCCUGUACAGGAAGAAAUGAACUUAGGCUGUCUUUGUCUGCCUUCAUAAUGAUACAAAGCCAAGUUCUUACAUUUCAGAAGAUCUCUUUCAAAAGUGGUAUUUCAGUUGGUUUUGAGUGUCCCUUACUAGUUUGUACUUUGAGGAAGGACUGGUUUGUCUGUUAAUAGAUAAGAGCUCCUAUCAAAGGGGAUUUCUCAUGUGAAUUAUGGCAGAUAUAAACAUUUUCAGAAAAAUGUCUAUGUGCAAAUGGACAGAAGACGGAGUAAUGUGAAUAGUUACUUGCAUUAAAAUCACAAUUUUAAUUUUAUUUAAAUUUUAUUAGGAAAAGGAACUAAAAAGAGGACUUUUAAGACCCAGCAUUAUGCUUAACUAGGUUACUUAACCUCUCUCUAAGUCUUAAUUUUCUCAUGUGUAAAAAUAAGAGAGUAAGACUAGAUGAUCUCUGAGUCCUUUUUAGCUCUAAAGUUUUAUAUUCAGAUUAUGAUAUUCAAUAAAAAUUUUCUCAAUUAAAUUUAACAGUAACAGCUGUAUAGAGCUCUGAGCCAGAAAAUAUUCCUGAUCUCAAUUCAAAUCUAGACUUAGGUACUUACUAGCUGUGUGACUCUGGGUAAGUAACUUAACUGCUUUCUGCCUCACUUUCCUUUUCUGUAAAAUAAAGAUAAUCACGGCACUUAACUCUCAUAUAGAUGAGGAUAAAAUGAGGUCAUGUUUGGUAAGAGUUUAUGAAUUAUAAAAUGUUAAUUAUUAUUAUGCUAAUUAUAUAAUUGCUGGUUAUUAUUAAGGAGUACUGGAUUUGGAGCCAGAGGAUUAGAUUAAAAUUCUGGUUCCAUUGAUCACGGCCUAAGGGACCCUCACAACUCAUUCUGUCUUUUUGGGCUAUACUUUUCUCAGGCUACUUUCCUGUGAGGCAAUAUAGUCCAAUGGAAAGUUUGCUAGUUUGGAGCUAGAGGGUAUUGAUUCAAAUCCAGAUUUUGGAUUACUAUCUUACUAUCAGUAUCACCUUGGACCAGUAACUAAUUUUCUAUAGACCUUAGUUUCCUCAUUGGUAAAGUGAAGGGAUUGGACCCAAUGCUAUCUAAGGUCUUUUCCCUUUCUUCAUUAUAUUUAAUAUGCUAUGUCCAGAAAUACUAUAAUCAUAAAUACAUUUUCCUAAUAUUUUAUCUUUUCUCUUUACUUUAUCAUCAUUUUUGUCACUUAAAAUCAACUUUGCCUCUUUGAAUCAAAAAAAAAAAAAGAGAGAACACAAGGUUUUGCAAAAGUGAAUGUUGAAAAUUAUCUUUGCAUGUAAAAAAAUAAAAUACUAUCUAAAUUUUUUUUAAAAGAAAAAAAGUAGCUCUCAAAGUCUUCUUUCUAGCAACUUCCAAUAAACAAAUCGACAAAAAUACCCAAUAUCCAUAUGCUAAAUUUUAAUUUCAAGUUUGAAAAUGUUUGGAAGGGUUUCCAAAAUUAGACAUACAAUUGAAUCUUUAACACCAACAAGAACAAAAUUGCACACUAGUUAUGCUAGUUCUUUGGCACCAUCUUGCUAAGUCCUAGAAGAAUCAAUGGUUUAUUUCUAUUGCAGUCAUCACUUAUUAAAGAGAUAUCUUUAGGCUGUGUUGGUGAUGAAAAAAGAGCAAAAAUGUACCAAGGAGCAGCACUUGGACAUCUCAUACUCAGAACCUAGUCACUAUGGUUCAAUAAACCACUGGGUGUUUCCAUUGGGCAUUGAAGGAAGGACUGAACUAAUGAUAAGGUAUUGUUGUUAUCUCAACUGGCUAGUGAACUUUCAUGUGACCAUAAAAAGAAUAAACUCAGUCAGCCAGUUAGCAGAGUCAUAGAGCCAGGGCCUCUUUCCUUUUAAGACACUUUUCUGAGCCUAAUUCUAACAUUUCUAAGCUAGACUAGGUUAUUUUCAUAAUAUAUUUAGACUUUUAUUCAAGGGGUUGUUUCUGUGUUUUCAUGCAUGUGAGUCAGUUGGUCAGUCAAUCAACAUUUAUUGAAUGCUUUAUAUCAGGCUAGGCACUGUGCUAAGAGCUGGGAUGCAAAAAGAGGCAAAAGACUGAUCCUGUCCUAAAGGAGUUAACAAUUUAAUGAUGCAUGUGGGAAAAUCCUCCUACCUAGAGCGUGAGAAAUUUUUUGAUUUCCCUACAUAUAAUACAAUAUACACACUAUAUUUAUUUUGAAUAAAUAGAUUAAAGAAAGAAGCUGUUUUAAUUUAAGUCCUUAUUAUUUUUAUUAUUGAAUUUUGUUUUAAUGUUCCCAUCAGAAGAUAUUGUGAAGGCUACAGAACUGACUUAAAACCUGCACUGUCUCUUUUAACUCUGAGUCUCUCUUGGUAUUCACUCCUGCCUCUCCUUUCUCAGCUUUAGUAGUUAGCUUAUUCCUCUGGCUAGGAAUAACCUCAACUCAGUAAUCUCCCAUGCAAAGGAGAGCUAGUCCUUCCCUUUGCAUCAUGGCAACAUGAUGCCUUGAACAUUUCUGGACAUUGCCUGGACAUUGCCUGGACCUUCCAUUAAGACUCAGCACAAAGACAAGGAAGAGUUCUCAGUGGCUCUUAAAAAGAAUUCAAUCAGGAGCCAUAGUUUCUUCAAGUCCUGGGAGGCAGACUACAAAAAUUCAGCUCUUUUAAAACCAGUCUCAAUCCUAAUCUAGGCUCAUUAUCAAAAAUGUGAAAAACAAUUGUUGCUCCAAGGCAAAGGUUGAUUAUUGUGACCUGUCUGUAUUUAAAAUUAAAACUCCUGAAUAUUACCAUCCAUCAGAAUCUUUAAACCUUGUGGUACUUGAUUCAUCACAAAGUGAAAAAGUCUGUCAAGGAAAAAUUGAAAAGAAUCCCAGGUUUGAAUGCAGUAGUUACAUGUUACCUUUAACCUUGUGCUAAUUAGCUAAUCUCUCUGGAAUCAGUCUUCUUAUCUGUUUAGAUGAGUGAGUUAAAGUGGCUGAGUUAUAGCUCUAAAUUCUGAUUCUGAUUUUGAUUGCACUAAAAUAUGUACAUUUAUUUUUAAAUAUCCUUAAUUGUAUAAAAAGCCUUAAAAUAUGUCCAGUGUUGGAUGCAAUGUGCAUUUUAUAUCCCAUGUGAUCAUCUACUUUGCCUAUCCCUAGUUUCAAUUCUAUUCUGGGACAAGUUA